AUGGAAAAAUUCAUUAGCCUUUUCAUAGUUCUUACGUUGAUUUUCUUGUGUUACACUCAAUCCAUAACUGCCGAUGAUGUGUACAAUGUGGCGGACAUGGGAGCAAAACCCGACGGCAAAACGGAUUCAACCCAGUAUUUCAUGAGUGCAUGGACUUCUGCGUGCCAAAAUCUGGGUCCUGCGACGAUUAUUGUGCCGCAAGGCAGGUUUCUAGUGAAUCAACAAGCUCGAUUUUCGGGACCGUGUAAUAAUAGUGCUCUGAGCUUUCAAAUUGAUGGCACUGUUGUUCAACAAUCAAAUUAUAGUGCCGUGGCGGAUGAUAUCUUUUGGGUUGGUUUUCAUGGAGUUGAUGGACUGGCAAUUCGUGGCGGAGUUUUUGAUGGUCAAGGUGCUGAUCUCUGGAACUGCAAAUUAUCCAACAAUGAUUGCCCUACCGGAACUUCGACAGUACAGUUUACCAAUUCAAGCAACAUUGCCCUCAAAGGUCUAACUUCUCUGAACAGCCAACUGUAUCAUAUUGUGUUCAACGGAUGUAAUAACGUGACAAUACAAUCGGUUAACAUUUCUGCCGCCGGGAACAGCUUGAACACCGACGGCAUUCAUGUUCAGUUCUCUACAAAUGUCAACAUCUAUAACACGGCCAUUACUACCGGUGAUGAUUGUAUAUCAAUUGGUCCCGGAACAAUCAAUUUGUGGAUUGAAAAUGUUACUUGCGGGCUAUCAGGUCACGGAAUCAGCAUUGGGAGUCUAGGAAGAGAGCCAAUAGAGGCAGGAGUCCAAAAUGUGACAGUAAAAGGUGCAACAUUUGCAAACACGCUAAAUGGUUUGAGGAUAAAAUCCUGGCCUAAACCAAGCAAUGGGUUUGUGAAAGACGUCAUGGUGCAGAAUGCCACCAUGAUCAAUGUUUAUAACCCUAUCAUUAUUGAUCAAAACUACUGCCCACAUCAGAUUUGUCCUGUACAGGAUUCGGGUGUUAAAGUAGAUGGUGUUACGUACCAAGGCAUCCAUGGAACAUCAGCGACAGAAGUGGCAGUAAAAUUCGACUGUAGUAAGUCGCAUCCUUGCACUGGGAUUAAACUUGAAGAUGUGAACUUAACCUAUCAAAAUCGUCAAGCUAAUGCUUCAUGCGUUAAUGCUGCUGGAAUUGUGGUUGGUUACAUUCAGCCUCCAAGUUGUUUUGCAUAA